AUGGCUCCUCCACCGCCGGCUACUCUGCCUCUGGCCGACAGAAUCAAGACCCUGGCCCAGACUUUACAGUUUGGAUGGUUUGUCGGCCAUCUGACCCUGCUUCUGACCGUCUUCCGAUACGGCCUUUCCUAUAUUACCUUCAACUACUACUCCCGCUGGGCCAAAAUCUCCUAUCGUCUGGCUUUUAUAUCUGCCGCGGCCACAUAUGGCAUUGUGGUGUACAAGCAAUACAUUGCUCGAGGAAAGUUGACUGGCUCGCCUCUGCAAAUUGCAGUCAAGCUGCUUGGUGAUGAAAAUGUUCAGUACCUCGGAAUGGCUCUCGUCUGGCUCUACUCCCGACAGAUCCCUCUAGCACUUUUGCCAUUCAGCGUGUACUCCAUCUUCCACGUGGCCACAUAUACUCGCACCUACCUGCUGCCUACGCUACAGCCGGUUCCACAGGCAGCUGCCGGUGCGGCGUCUCCCGGCUCGCCUCGCCCAGCUGCCAAACAGUCCCCGCUCGCAGAAAGCAUUGGCAAGUUUGUCAAGCAAUACUACGAUGCUAGCAUGUACCUUGUUGCUUCGCUGGAGCUGAGCCUUCUCUUCCGACUGGUGUUCUCGGCGCUCACCUUCUCCAAGGGUAGCUGGCUCUUGCUUGUCAUCUACCUGGCUUUCUUCCGUGCUCGCUACUCGCAGAGCUCUUUUGUCCAGAGUGCGGUGGCCCGAUUCACUGCUCGCGCCGACACUUUGGUCUCGCACCAGAGCACGCCUCCCCAGAUUCGCCAAGGCUGGGACGCCUUCAAGGGAAUCGUCGGCCAGGCCUACGAGUCCACCGAUGCGAAGCGCUACCUCGGCGGCGGCGGUGCGGCAAAGAAGCCCCAGUAA